UAACAACAUUAAACCAUUGCAGUUUUUUUUAUUUUUUUUAAAGCAUUUUAAAAAUUUGGCUUUAUUAUUUUGACUACGCCUAUGGAAAACCCGUUACCUCCUGUGUCUGGAGAAAUUUGUUGGAGCUGGUAUUUCAACUAUUUUCACCGCAAAAAAAGGGAAUCCCAAUUUGUGCAAAUAAUUUUUACCCAGGAGCUGCGGUUUUAAUUUUCUUUCUUUUUUUAUUUUGCCUCAUUAACGAGUUAAUAAACACAGCGGUGCCGAAAUCGAUGAUUGAUGGGGCUUGGUGGGCAAAUAUAAUUGAAUUGUGCCUAUGUAGAGGAGGGCUUAGCCCCAUUCUUUGAAAGCCCGGCUUCAGCUAAGCCAGCGUGUGAAGUAGCUGAUUUCUGUGCAAACCUCGUUUCACAUGACUAGACAAAAAAUAAAAAUGAAAAGGUGCUAGAUUUUCGCUAUUAUUUGUUGGCUGCUCAUAAUUGUCCCAGCACUGGAAGGAAUAAGAAAACAACUCAAUCAAAGGCGUAGCCACAAUUAAAGUAAUAUAGGGGAUAUAUAGAAAAUCUCCAUAUAGUAUAGAAAAAUAAGAAACCCCUUUGCUCUACACCUGGCUAAGCCUCUGCGAUUACCUGUUAGGCGCCCACUGGUCAAACGAAGAGUGGCUCAAACGGGAUGAGCGAUCAGUGUGUGAGUGAGUAUUUGUGUGUGUGUGCGUGUGUGUGUGUGUGUGUGUGAAUGCCAUUGUUGUUACUUUACUUUAUGCGCCGGGUUCCAGCCAGUUUAAUGCCCCUGCUCUUUGCUUCGCUUCUUCGUCUUCAUAUUUUCCUUCGGCUGCGGCUGCUUGGCAUUUUCAUUUUCACCUGAACGAACUCCACCAACUCAAAAGUCAAUUCAACUCGCGCGAUCCAACUCAACUCAACUCGCCAGUUAGCCAGCCAGCGCCGCAAGAGGCAAAGAGAAAAGAAAUAGGCAAGUCGCUGCGCAGCCGCAGUUUGUUUCAGCUCGGGGAUUACACUUGGCGCGUUUCGUUGCGUCGCGUUGCGUUUGCUCUUUUCGCUAUUACCGUAUAUAUUUUUUUGCUGCGCUAUUUUGUUGUUGUUGUUAUCGUUUUGCUGUUUUGUUAUUUUUUCCUUUCGCGCUUUACGGGCGGCUUAAAAAGUGAAACCACCCACGAAAACAAGAACAACAAUAGCAAUUAUAGAAGGAACAACGAGGGCCACCACAACACAGGUGACCCAUAGGUCGUUGGAGGUCCAAUGAUGCGUCAGCUAUGCGGCAGCGUUUACACCUGGAACUGUGCCGGCGAGCUCUAUGCCAUCGAGUGCUCCCUGUGCGAAGAGCGACCACUAUGCGCCCUCUCCGAGUUCCCUGAGCACAUGGACGUGUGGCACUCCGACUGGCAGGAUCCGGUGACCGUUACAUCCACGGAUGGGGUCGGUUCGGUGGCCAUACCCGAGGAUGAACUCAUGCAGGAGGUGCUGGCCGAACAGCGGAUCAGUGGCGAAGAUAAUGAACUUAAGCAGCUCCUAGUGUUGCAACUAAAUGCCAUUGAGGAGGGGCAGCAGGUGGAAGAAGGUGGCGGAGCUGUUGAGGUUGCGGAGGAAAUUAAUGAGACCGCCGAUCCGGAUGAGGAUGUAGUCUUAGAUGAUGUCGAGGAGGCUGCUGGAAAGACCGGAAAAGCGGCAGAAGAAACGGGAGAAUCUGUAGUGUCUUCAUCGGUAUCCAUUCCCUUGCCAGCUGUUAGCCUUCAGGAUGCAUCACCGGUUCCCGAGGGUCAGCGCCUGACCACCCAGCAUAUCCAUCGCCUGAUCGAUCUGUACCGCUCAGAGCCGCGUCUUUGGAACCAAACGCACGCUGAGUUCCACGACAUGGAGCUCUGUCGCGAAUCCUGGCGACGCAUUACCGAAGGGUGGAGCGGCUACUGUGGACGCAGCUUCAGCGUAACGGACGUCCGGAUUCGUGUGUCCACACUCUGUCAGCGGUUCUUAAAGCAACGGGAACGCCUUGAGGCCGACGGCGAACUGGAUGAUGCCGCAAAGUUUGUGCAUUUCGAUCAGCUGAGUUUCCUGUGCGAACAGCAAUCGCUGCUAAAGCGCCAGCGUCACUAUGCCCGCGAGAACCGUCGACUGCUGCAGCUGUAUGAGCACUAUCCGAUCCUCUGGCAUAAUGCCCACAAGCGAAUCCGUUGCCCGGAGACUGUGCGUCAGAGACAUGAGGCCCACAUUGGCCUUCAGUUGGCGUUGCAGCUUUCCGGUAUUAGCCUGUCGCCGGUGGUCAUCCAGAGACGCCUGCAGUCGCUGCGUAAGCGGUAUCGCCUCGAGAAGAUCAGCUAUCUGCACAGUGUGGUCGAGGGCAAGCAGGCGGAGUUCGUCUCAGGAUUCGAACACUACACUGAGAUGGAGUUCCUGCACAAACACAUCGAUCCGUAUGUGUGUGCCGUCUGCGGCAAGAUCUUUGAGAAUCUGACGGGCCAUCAGAAUCAUGUCCAGAACAGCUGCGAGGUGAGGCGGAGCGUGAGCGCAGAGAUCCAGGAGCAGGGCGAAAAAGAGGACAAAAAACUGGAUAUUAAUCAAAAGAAUCAGUUAAAGAAUCAGCUUGACAAAGUAUUGACUGAGGUUUUAAAGGACGUAGAUAAAGAGGCUGCCCCAACCGAGACAGAGGAGUCCCCAAGGAAGUCCGAGGAGACAGAGCCCCCUCCUAGGGAUCAGAAGGACCCCAAAGAAAAAGAGGACACCGAUGCUGGUCCCGAACUGCCCAGCUUAGCCGAGGCCUGCGCUGCUGCCCAGCUCGAAGAUCCCUGCGAGCUGCAACUGAAUUCCAGUGGGGAUGUUCCCGAAAGCGAGGCAUCACCCGGCGGAAGACAACGUCUUCGUUUGAGCAUUCAACACACCCAGGAACUAAUCGAACUGUACCGCAACCACGUCUGCUUAUGGGACCCCAAUCACCUGGACUACCAUGGCCGUAAGCAGCGUCGCCUGGCCUGGCAGGCCAUCACCAAGGAGCUGAACACCAAGACGGGACAAAAGUACAGCUGGCAGUUGUUGCACCGCAAGGUCACGGACCACACGAAAUACUAUCGCAAGGAGAGGCAACGGAGAAUGGAGGAGAAGCAGCCUCAGGAGCAGCAGCAGCAGCCUUCAGAGGAGGAAAAGGAAUCAAAGGAUAAGAGCAGUAAGUGGAACUUUUACCUGGAAUUUGCCUUCCUCGACGACGUCCUACCCGUGAGCAGUGAAAUGCAGAAGGGCCUGAAUCACCGGGACAGCAACCUGAAGAUCAUAUCCGUUUACCAGAGUUAUCCGCAGCUCUGGUGCACCGAUCAUCCCGAUUACACGAAGCGCCGUCAACGGCAGAGGCAGCUGGAGUCCCUGUGCACUCGACUGCAGGAGGAGAGCAACCUGCAGGUCACCGUGGAGCGGCUCAAGAGUCGCUUGAUCGAGUUCCGGUGCCAGUAUCGUCACUGCAAGGAGGCCCGCAUGGAGGCGCUGAAGAAAUCGGAGCCCUGGAAGCCCAGCUACGAGUACUAUGAGCCGCUGCGUUUCCUUGAGCUGCAUGUGGCCCCCUUCCAGUGUCCCAGAUGUCCAGCUUCGUUCAAACGGCGCACAGACUACUUGCAGCACGAACGGAAUGUCCAUGCCGAUGUUGAGAAGUCCCUGGACGGCGAGUUUCGCUACAUGCGGCGGCGCAAGGCUAAGGGAUCCAAAGAGCUGCAGGAGAUGCAGCAGGAGGAGGCGUUGGAGCUGGCCAACGUAUGCCACAUUUGCGGCCUGAAGUUCUCGCUGCGAAACAGUUUACUCGCCCAUCUGCGUCGGCAUCUCGGCCAGCGCAGCCACAUCUGCAAUGACUGUCCCAAGAAGUUCUUCAGCUCGACGGCCCUGCGCGUCCACCAGCGCAGUCACACCAAGGAGCUGCCCUACGUCUGUGAGCACUGUGCCCGCGGCUUCGUGAAUGCCAGCAAGUUGAACCAGCAUGUCAAGCGGCACAGGAACCAGCGUGACUUUCCCUGCAAUCGAUGCGACAAGGCCUUCUACACCGCCCACGAGCGGGAUCGACAUUUGCGGGCUCACCUCAACAUCCGGGACAAGGUGUGUCCGUACUGCUCCCGGGCCUUUGUGGUGGGCAGUGCCUAUUACGCCCACCUCAACCUCCAUCGCAGCGAGAAGCGGUAUGCCUGCACCGGCUGUGGCAAGCGAUUCGCCCAAUAUGCCGGCCUCUACAAGCACCGACGACGCUGUCUGCCAGCUGAGGUAAUCGAGGAGUAGCCGGUGUCCUCCUGUUUUGUAUUU